AUGACGGACGAAGAUUCUCUGUGCUGUAUGGCUCUCAAACUGGGACUGCCCAAGAGAUUGCUGAAAGAAUCGGUCGAGAAGCGAAAAGAAGAUAUCUGUCAGCGUGUGUUUUGGCUCAAGACGAUUACAUUGUGGUAUGCCUAUCAUCUGAUGACUGUAGUUAUGUUCGGAUAUCUUAUAUUACGAAAGUACAUGGUAAGUAUUAUAAUGACUUGUAGAUUUUUUCAGAUGAAGCUGAUAGAAGAGGAGCUUGCGAUAUUUGUACGUGCAACAACAGGUCAAGGAGAUGAACUUAAAUAUCACCUAGGGGAUCAUGAGUUGAUCCAAUACUAAAUUAUCUGAACUAACAUUGUAAGAAUUGAUUGGUUGACAGUAAGGUGAAUAACAAAUUUGAUCUGGGAUUUAAAGGGUUAAGGUGGUUGGGAAAUAUCUCAAGAUAACGAUUUUGUGAAAACCAGAUUAUCAAAAUUUUGAUUCUGUUAUGAUGAUAAACAGUGGAUACUAUAAAUCUUGAGUAAUUCAUCAUCAGUCUCCUCUGAUUAA